AUGUUUCCACGUGACGUGUACACCUUUUUCGACGAAGAUGAACAAGUUUGGCGGGGCCGGAACAUUCCGCCGCUCUACAAUCCGAACCAGGGCGUCGGAGAACUGAUCUGGCGAGUGUUGAACCGGGCCCCGUGGAAGAUCGCCCAGAUCAGUGCGGAGAGUGGCGUACGGGUGACGUACCGCGAGCUGAGGCUGAGGGCGAUCCGCGUGGCGCAGAACUUGGCCGCCAUUGUGGGCAUCGGACGAGGUGAUUUGGUGGCGAUCGUGGCGCGAAACAAUGAUAAAGUGGCGGCCGUGGUGUUUGGAUGCUUAAUGCUGGGUGCACCGAUUAAUGCUUUGGACCCAGGGUUCUAUCGGGAGGACUUCGCGCACAUGUUCGAAACGAUCAAGCCGAAACUGGUGAUCUGUGAGGGCGAUUUGGUGGAUCAAAUUACAGGGGCGUUCGAAAUGGCUGGCAUCGCACCAGAGUUGAUGGUUUUUGGGGCGCGGAUUAACGGGUAUGGGAGGGUCGACGAUCUGCUGGUUGAAACCGGGACGGAGAAGUUCUAUCAACCGGCAAGGAUCGAGGAUCCGGCGAAUGAGCUGGCGAUUGUGCUUUGUUCGUCGGGAACUACUGGCAAAUCGAAGGGCGUUUGUCUCUCGCAUGGACUGUGCGUGGCUAAUUUGACCUGCAUUUGGACGUGCUACGAGUCGGAUCGGGUGCUGUGUCUGAGUUCCUUGUAUUGGAUAUCCGGUAUCGGUACGCUAUUGAUGGCAUCGGUAGCGGGUGCGACGCGGGUGAUUACUACGGAACGAUUCAGUGCGGGUAUGACGAUCGAUCUGAUCGAGCAGUUCCGGGUGAGUUUGAUCUUAUUGCCCCCGUCGCAUGCGUUGGCGAUUUUGAACGAACCGACCGUCGGAAUGGCGGAUUUUUCGAGCCUGCGACAUGUGCUUUGCGCUGGAGGAGCGGUGUCGGCGGAUUUGAAGCGCUCGUUCGAGAUGUAUCUGCCCAAGGGUCGGCUGCACGUGAUCUAUGGGCUGACGGAGUUGGGAGGGUCAGGAAGUAUGAGUGAAGCGGCGUACAAGGACGGUUCGGUUGGGGUUUUAUCCAACGGAAUCGAGGCUAAGGUUGUGGACGACGAAGGGAAUGCUGUUCCUUUCAAUCAGGGUGGAGAGCUUCUCAUUAAGGCGCCAUUCGUUUUCAUGAAAUACUACGGAAAUCCAGAGGCAACGGAAGAGAUGAAGGCGGACGACGAUUGGCUGCACACCGGGGACAUUGCCCGGGUGGAUGAGGAUGGAUUGGUGUAUAUUGUGGACCGGAAGAAGGAUAUUAUCAAGUAUGCCGGCUAUCAGAUUUCGCCAACGGAGAUCGAAACUGUAAUCCUGAAGGUGCCGGGAGUGGUCGCCGUGUGCGUCACAGGAAUUCCAGUUCCCGGGAAUGAUUUGCCGGCGGCAUUGGUGGUCAAAGCGUUGGAUUCCGAACUAACCGAGGAGAAGAUUAUCGAUACGGUGGCGGAGAGGAUGGUGGACUUUAAGCACUUGCGGGGCGGGGUUUACUUUGUGGAUGCCUUUCCGAUGACGCCAUCGGGUAAGAUGUUGAGACGGAAGUGCCGCGACAUUGCCGUUGAGCUGUAUAAUGAGAUGCAAAAUUGA